AUGUCAAAGUCUUUAAAGGUGAGUUGUGAUAAAGAAAAUGAGGUCCUGGAAAAUGGACUUCACUGUUAUGAAUUUCCCAACAUGAAAAUAUCUGUGGAUACCUGUGAUGCCUCAUCAAACUACUUCUGCCUUACAAAUAUGUUGGUCUCAGGAAAAUAUUCUUGUGGUGGCUUACUUUCCAGCUCAUCUGGGGAGUUUACUAGCCCAUUUUAUCCUGAAAAUUAUCCAAACAGUGCUGAUUGCAUAUGGGAAAUACAAGUAGAAAGCAAUAGCCGUGUAACACUCACUUUCAGAGAUGUUGUGAUACAAGGAGUUGGAUGCCAAUAUGAUUACAUUGAAGUGUAUGAUGGACCACUAAAUACCUCUCCUUUGCUUGGGAGAAUUUGUCAUGGCUCUAUUUUCAUCUACACAUCAUCCUCAAACUUGAUUACCGUUCACUUCCACAGUGACAACAGCUACACAAGCAGUGGGUUUCAUGCUGACUAUUACUCCACACCAGACAAUGACAAUACUACACUUGUGUGCAUGACAGAACACAUGCAUGUGGCAAUUAGCAGAGACUAUCUCUACUCACAUGGCUACUCUACAGACUAUAUCAGCUUGAAUGACCUUUACUGUAAACCAAAGGUGACAUCAUACCUUGUCAUAUUCGAUAUACCAUACAAUGGCUGUGGCACAAGGAGAGAGGGAAACAACAAUACUAUCACCUACACUAACCUAAUCAAAGCAACAUCUUCAGGUAACACAAUUAAAAGACUAAAGGAUCUUCACUUGCAUGUCAACUGCAAAAUGCUCCAGGACACCUGGAUACAAGUCAUGUAUCUUGCUGACGAUGUUAUAGAGGUCAACGAAACUCAAUACAGCAGAUAUGAUGUGAACCUGACUUUUUAUGAAACGUCGUCAUUCUCACAGCCGAUCUACGACUUUCCGUACUACGUUGAUUUGAACCAGAAUUUAUACUUUGAAGCUUAUCUUCACAGCUCUGACCUAAACCUGAUAAUGAUUGUAGAUACAUGUGUUGCAUCCCCCGAUCCCAGUGAUUUUACAACAGUGACAUAUGAUAUAAUCAGGCAUGGGUGUGUUAGAGACUCUUCCUAUGCUACAUACUCUUCACCCCACACACACAUGGCCCGGUUUAAAUUUAAUGCCUUCAAGUUUAUUGGCAGACAUCCUUCUGUUUACCUGCAGUGUGAGAUGGUGGUGUGCAGGAGAGAUGAUUAUUCCUCCCGCUGCUACCAGGGCUGUCUCAGUCGUACCAGGAGAGAAACUAGCUCUUCUGAGGAAGAACUAUCUGUUGUUCUUGGGCCACUGAAGCUUCAAAAGAAGAAAUGA